UGCUGAAUAGUUUUUGGGGUAAGUUCGGCCAGCAGGAGGACAGAUCCAACACCGCAUUUGUUGAAAAGAAAGAGAUUUUCCAUGAUUAUUUGUUUUCCAAUAAAUACGAAGUUGCCGGAUUCGACUUGGUGACUGAUGAAGUUAUGGCUGUUCAAUACCGUUCUAAAAAGAUUACAUCCCAACAAGCAAAAGACAAAUGUUGUCAUUGCGGCAUUCACAACAGCAUAUGCGCGGUUGCACUUGCUGAAGUUUAUGGAAAUGGUUGGAGACCGCUUGUUAUAUCAUGAUACUGACAGUAUCUUUUAUAUUCACACUGAUGACUUGCCUGAUCCGCCAGUGGGGACAUGUUUAGGAGAUUUGUCAUCGUCCUUGGAGCCUAAUGAGCACAUCAACGAAUUUGUUGCACUCGGGCCUAAAAGCUACGCGUACCGCACCAACACUGGCAGUGAAACGAUAAAGGUCAAGGGCUUUACCUUAACAAGGAAAGCCAGGAAACAGUUGAACCUCGAAAGCCUGAAGGAAAUGCUAUUAGAAAGCCUGGCACCGCAAGACCAGCCAAAUGAUGUAACCGUGAACUAUCCGUUUAACAUUACGCGGAAUAAGCGUAAAUUGGAGGUUUCCGCAAAAGAAAUAAAUAAACGGUUUCGACUUACAUAUUCAAAGCGUCGAAUUGUCGACACGGAAUUUAACACUCGACCAUGGGGUGACGUUUCCGUUGAUUAAAUCUUCAACUGUCAGUGCUGAACAGUUGUUGAUACUGGUUUUCAUAUUAUGACUUACUCCGAAAAAGGCCUCGAGCAAUAUUAUUAAAAUUAACAUUAGAACAAUGCAUGUUCCCAUAACUGCUUCGCAAAAGUUCUUUUUACACACUAGGCGUGCCAUUUUGAUAGUAUAUUUUCUUGCUUAUGUAUGGUGAUUUAUUAUGAUUUCGUGCCUUUAAUACUUACUUUAAAGUGAAAACACAAUCCAGACAACCGAUUAUAUAAUACAAUCAAAAAUUAAAAUUUUGUCUAAUGAUAAUAUCAUCGAAUUGUGUGCGGAUGUUAGUAUUGCAUAUGUAGCGUGUUUCAUACACGUAUGAAAUAUAUACAGUGUACAGUUGUGAUGACUCAUGUGUGGGAGUUGGGAGCUGUAGUUAUAAAGUGCAACCGGGAAUUGUAACUAGAAAGUCCAGCUCCCAACUCCAGUUUAUGACGUAAGCCGUCGCCAUUUUGUGUUUAUAUAAGGUCCGUUUUCUUCUGAAACAUUUAAGGUCACAGUUACGGUGGACG